GGCGGAGAGGGGGAACUGCUGCAGCAGAGUAGCAGCACCGCUGUCAGGAAACAGGAGCCCACUACGAAUGCAAGUCGCAUAAACGAGCAGAACGAGGACGCUUUACCUGCGUGAUUUACCAUGACAACUGAAUCAGGCGCAGACUCGGAGGCCAAGCAGCCGCAGGAGAACAAGGAGAAGGGCAAAGCUAAAGCAGCAGCCGAACCCACCUCGCCUCAGAACCUGCCGGAGCAGCUUCCCGCCGCUGCCGGACACAGCACCCCGGCCAGGAAAGAACAGGAGCAGCAGGAGGUGGACCAGGUGUCCCACAGGUCAUCCACCAGUCGUCUGUCCAGGUCUCCUUUGAGAGGAGUGAAGAAGGUGAAGAUCAUGCAGUGUAAAGUCACCCUGCUGGACGGCACCGACUUCACACUCGAUGUGGAGAAACGAGCCAAGGGCCAAAUUCUAUUCGAAAAAGUGUGUGACCAUCUCAAUCUUCUGGAGAGAGACUACUUUGGCAUCACAUACAGAGAUGUAGAUAAUCAGAAGAAUUGGUUAGACCCUUCCAAGGAGCUAAAGAAGCAGAUCAGGACCGGUCCCUGGAACUUUGCUUUCAACGUGAAGUUUUACCCCCCAGACCCCUCCCAGCUGACUGAGGAUAUCACAAGGUACUACCUGUGUCUGCAGCUGAGAGACGAUGUGGUUUCAGGCCGCCUGCCCUGCUCCUUUGCCACCCACACGGUGCUGGGCUCCUACACGGUCCAGUCUGAACUGGGAGACUACGACCCCGAGGAAUUAGGCAGCGACUACAUCAGCGAACUGCGCUUCGCACCCAACCAAACCAAAGAGCUGGAGGAGAAGGUCAUGGAGCUCCACAAGAGCUACAAGGGGAUGACUCCAGCCGAAGCAGAGAUGCACUUCCUGGAAAAUGCCAAGAAGCUGUCCAUGUAUGGCGUGGACCUCCACCACGCUAAGUUGAUAGGGAGUCUCUAUGAAUGCUUGGCUCCAGCUGAGGGAGAGGACUCUGAGGGAGUGGAGAUCAUGUUGGGAGUUUGUUCAAGUGGCCUGCUCAUCUACAGAGACAGGUUGCGGAUCAACAGGUUCGCUUGGCCCAAAAUCCUCAAGAUCUCCUACAAGAGGAACAACUUCUACAUCAAAAUCCGGCCUGGCGAGUUUGAGCAGUUUGAAAGCACAAUCGGUUUCAAGCUUCCAAAUCAUCGUGCUGCCAAAAGGCUCUGGAAGGUCUGUGUGGAGCACCACACCUUCUUCAGGCUCGUGUCCCCCGAGGCACCCCCCAAGAAGUUCCUGAGCCUCGGCUCCAAGUUUCGCUACAGCGGCAGAACGCAGGCUCAGACCCGCCGGGCCAGCUCCCAGAUCAUCAGACCCGCUCCGCUCUUCGAACGCUCCUCCAGCAAACGCUACAACAUGUCCCGCAGCUUAGACGGAGCACCCAUCAUGGAGAACCACGAGACUCUCAUGAGGGACAGUGCUGCUGACGGGGCCGCCAAAGUCAUUGCCAAGGGAGACAUUAUCACAACAGUAACGACAGAGAAGAAGGCCGAGGAGGAGAAGGCUGAGCAGGAGGACGCUCAGACGGCUGCUGUAGAGACGCCAGAUGCUGCUGACGCAACACCGCUCAGACACGACACAAAGUGCUCCCCUAGUGCAUACACAAACGACCCCCUCCGCUCUGAGCUCUCACUCCCCUCAUCUCCCGUUUUAUCCACUAAAGUACGGCGGAGGCGCAGGGAGAACGCACGUAAGCGGGCCUCGUCGGUCAGUCCGGCCAAGAGCAGCGCUGGCUGCCGGCGCCGACAAGCUCAGGCGGACCGCAAAGCCGCCCUGCUGGACGAGCAGGUGCUGCUGCUCUCAGCCCGCAAGCAGAGGCUGGAGCAGGGCAAGAGCCGCGGCGGCACGCUCUUCUCCUUCUCCCUGCACCUGCCCGACCUGUCCUCCUUCCUGGACGAGGACGGCUACAUCACCUUCCCCGAUCUGUCAGAGAUGCGCUUCCUCCCCAUGUGCGCGCAGAACUUCCUGCCCAUUAAGUCACCUUCCAUCAUCCCCUGCUUCCUCUUCAUCUUCUUCUUCCUGCUGUCCACCUCCUUUUCCGUCCCCUACGCCCUCACCCUCUCCUUCCCCCUGGCGCUGUGCCUCUGCUACCUGGAGCCCAAGGCAGCCUCCCUGACCGCCUCCAUAGCCCAGGGCUACCAUGACCAUGACAGUUCAGAGGAAGAGGAGACCGACAGCGAACAAACUGACUUUGCUUUUGACGGAGAGAUGACCGCCACUGAGUCGGACGUGGAUGAGGACUCUGAGAUGCGGACUCAGGACACCACGCCUCCUGAAGAGAUGGUCAAGCACCAGACCAACAUCAGCGAGCUGAAGCGCUCCUUCCUGGAGACGGGUGACAGCGCGCCAGGUCUGACAGAAUGGGAGAAGAGGCUUUCCUCGUCCCCCGCGCGCUCACCAAGGUCGGACGAACCUCCGAUGAUCGAGCCGCUGGAGCCGCAGGACGCUAAAGAUGAGCAGCCUGCAGAAGAAGAGACAAAAGAGGUGGUGGAACCUAAAGCUACUGAGGCGGCAGGAUAUCUGGUGAAAUACGUGGUGGAUAGUAUCGUAACCGAUUUGGCCUCCUCCUCGGGGCCGCACGGGAUUAGCCUGUCAACCACAAUGGACGACGACGUCUUCAUGGACGGGACCCUCAGGGAGGUGGAGGAGAAAACCCCCGACUCCCAGGAGGAGGUGUCGGAGAGGGCAGAGAUGAAGGUCAGCCCCGGGGCUGUCAGACAGGAAGUGUCCCAGGCCAUCAGCGACAAGAAAGGCACGCUCAUUAUCUUGAAGGAGGCGGAGGAUAAAGAAACGAGCGCUGCGGAGGAAGAAGAGGAGCCUGGCGUCCCCGGAGAGGCCGAAGCUGAGGAGGAUGAAAUGCUGUCUGCCUCUAAAGAGAAAGAAUCCAUCGAAGACGGCACUUCUCUCGUUACAGAAACUAAGACAAAGACGCCGAGUCCGAAGAUAGAGAUAAAAACUGAUGACAUGACUCAGAUUAAAGGUUUUGACUCGCCUAAAAAGGCCAUGGCAUCGUGGAUAUCUGAGGAGGUGAAGACCGAGGCCGUGGAGGUCAUCAGCGUGUUGACGGCGGAAGUAAAAGAGACGAAGACUUCUGACGGCGUGCAGCAGAGCACAGAAAUCUUCACUUUCGAAGAGGUCCAAACAGAGCAGUCAAAGCCCAGCGUGACUCAGAUUACACUUUCUGAAUCUACAACUACAUCCUUAGCAGUGUCUACGCUGGGAUGGGUUUCCUCCUCUGAAAAGACAUCAGCUGAACCGGAGGAGAAGGCGCUGGUGGAGAUGGAGGCAGCACCAGCCGAUACGACAGGGCCAACGAGUCUCAAUGCUGUCGAGGUGGGAACCAAAGAGAUGCCUGUAGUCCACACAGAGACAAAAACUAUCACCUAUGAGUCUGCAGAGGUUGACACUAAUGGUGACGUCGACCCUGGGGUGUUGCUGAGUGCUCAGACUAUCACCUCGGAAACCACCAGUACCACAACAACCACACACAUCACAAAGACGGUUAAAGGAGGAAUAUCAGAGACGAGAAUUGAGAAAAGGAUCGUCAUCACAGGAGAUACAGACAUCGACCAUGAUCAGGCUCUGGCUCAGGCCAUAAAGGAGGCUAAAGAACAGCAUCCUGACAUGUCAGUGACCAAAGUAGUGGUACAUAAAGAGACAGAGAUCACGCCAGAGGAGGGGGAGGACUGACCCAGGAGUAACACUGAGGGCUGUUUUCUGUUCAACCUCCCAGAAUCCAACAUCCAGAACUCCACAUAUUACUCCAGGACUCUCAGAAGACUAGAAAGGCUCCUACUCUCCAAAUGCUGCAGCUCGCCGCUAGUCGCAACCAUCACCUGCAAACUACAUAAAUGCAUCUUGCAUGAGAAGGACGCAAUGUUGCAUUAUCAAACAAAUGGCAAGAUUACUAAAAAAACGAUUUUAAAUAAUGGUUCUCGAUCCACCUGCACGCCGAAUCCCUGUGUGCGGCAAGCAAACCGUUUGCUUUCACUGCCUUAUGACUUUAAUGCAUUUUUAUGAUUAUUGAGAAUAAUUAUUGUAGCAACAUUUUAUUUAUGAAAUAAAGCCAUCACUCCAGAAACUUAAAUCGCUGUAGGCUGUAUAUGUUAGGGUGCAUAGACUAUUUAACCUUGCUGUAGAAGUGCCAACCUCAUUUGCCAGCAAGCAUCGCCUCUCUCACUCCGACAACCUCAUGAUUUUUCCGUCAGGUAUGCCACUACAGAAAUCACUACAGCCCAGUCCUGUACAUAUCGACGCUUUCCUAGGAGAAUAGCAAAUUAUCUUUCACGGUUGAUUUUUGUCACGUCUACUUGAAUUGCAUUUUUCCUUUUUAAUGAUUUCAGUAUUUUAUCAUUUCUCAUCAAUUGAUUCCACCAAGAAGUUUUUUUUCUUUUUUUUUUGGAAUCAACAACAAAUAGAUUUUUAUGUGCCUGUGCAGGCUUUGAAUGUUCUCCAGGGUAGAUGAUCGGCUGCAGCACAAGUCCCAGGUUCGUGUGACUGUGAGGCAAAGGGCUCAGACUGCCGAGCUCUGCCCGAAUUAGAUGCAAAGCCAAGAGAGAUCUGUCAAACCCCCCGUCCCAUCCCGUCCCCUCCCCUUCCAUCCUGAACAUGUCAACUGUAUGCGUCCCUCAUGUGUCCAACUGUAUCUCAAUAACCGAGUAUUGUUCGUGUACAGCCAUGUUUUCCUCAAAAUGGUGAAAUAAAAGUGGCAAAUGCAUUUGUUUUUAAUUUGCUGUUUUCUUCUCAAAUAAUAAAAUGUUGACCACCGAACUAAAA